UCGGCUUCUUCGGUAUACCUGUAUAUGAGGUUCACUCGCAGCACAUGGGAUGCCAUGGGGAUGAACAUGGUUUCUAAAGGUGUCCAGAAUGUCAUAGACUUCCUCAACAACGAGUUUCCUGACAUGGACGUUAUCGAAAUCUCAAACAACUACUGUUCGGACAAGAAAUCUGCUGCGGUGAACUGGAUUGAAGGGAGGGGAAAAUCGGUUAUGUGCGAGGCCAUCAUCAAGGAGGAGAUUGUGAAGAAGGUGUUCAAGACUGAUGUUGCUUCAUUGGUGGAGCUGAACAUGCUCAAAACCUGACGGGUUCGGCCAUGGCAGGAGCUCUGGGUGGUGUGGUGACGAUGGGUAGGCUGAUUUUG